UACAGUACCGGAAGACAACCAUGGAGUGGAAAAUACUACCCAUUUGCUUGUUGCUGCUACUUUCUGUUUUUUUGAUUCAGCAAGUUUCAUCUCAAGAUGUACCAAGCUGUGCAGGGAGAUGUGGGGAAGGGUAUUCUAGAGAUGCCAUCUGCAACUGUGAUUAUAACUGUCAACACUACAUGGAGUGCUGCCCUGACUUCAAGAAAGUCUGCACUGUAGAGCUUUCCUGUAAAGGUCGCUGCUUCRAGUCCUUUGCGCGAGGGAGGGAGUGUGACUGUGACUCCCAAUGUAAGAAGUUUGGCAAGUGCUGUUCCGACUAUGAGACUUUCUGUGAAGAAGUAAAAGAUGACAAGAAAAAACCACCUAAAAAGGAACCUAAAAAGGAACCACCAGUUGUGGAUGAAGCUGGAAGUGGCCUGGACAGUGGCGAUCCCAAGCUCACCCCAACUCCUGACACUCCUACCACUCAAAGCAAUAAAGUUACCACAUCUCCCAAAACUACAACAAUAAAGCCAGAAAGUCCUAAACCCAGUCCUCCGCCUAACUCUGAUACAUCCAAAAAGACAUCUUCCACAGCCAAUAAAGAGACAACAGUUGAAACUAAAGAGACUACUGUAACAAACCAACAGACUUCCACCAGUGAGAAACAGAAGACUACUUCAGCUAAGGAGAUUCGAAGUGCAGAGAAAACAUCUGCUAAAGAUUUGGCACCCACACCCCAAGUUCCUGCUAAACCUACACCAAAAGCUGAAACUACAACCAAAGAUCCUUCUCUGACCACCCCCAAGGAGCCUGCACCCACCACCCCUAAGGAGCCUGCACCCACCACCCCUAAGGAGCCUCCUCCGGAGGAGCCAGUACUUACCACACCCAAGGAGCCUGUACCUACUACACCCAAAGAGCCUGCACCCACUACCCCCAAGAAGCCUGCACCCAUCCCUCCAGAGGAGCCUGCACCCACCACCCCCAAGGAAUCUGCUCCCACCACCCCCAAAGAGCCUGCACCCACCUCCCCUGAGGAGCCUGCACCCACCUACCCCAAGGAACCUGCACCCACCACACCCAAAGAGCCUGCACCCACCACCCCCAAGAAGCCUGCUCCUACUACUCCUACGACACCAGCUCCAGCUACCACCAUGGAGCUUCCCACUACCUCCAAGACUCCUGCUGAAGCAACUCCUGAGUUUUCUGCAGGACCCACACCAAAAACUCCUGACAACAGUGCCAAGGAGCCCACUGUACCAACAACCAAGACUCCUGAAGUGACAACCGCUGCUGUACCUAAGAUUACAACAAAAGAGACAGCAACCACAGCAGAAGAAAAAACAACUGAAUCCGAAAUAGCAAGAACCACCAUGCAAGUAACACCCACCACUCAGGAUUCAUCAUUCAAAACUACUACUCUUAAAACACCACCAACCGAAGAGAGUAGGAAAGAACCCGAAGAAUCCCCUGGACCAGAAGACACAGCUACUGAUUCUAAAGCAACAACUCCUAAACCCCAGAAGCCAACCAAAGCACCCAAGAAGCCCACCUCUACAAAAAAGCCACCCAAAGCACCCAAAAAACCCACUUCUACUAAAAAGCCAAGCUCACCAAAAGGGAAAACACCCAAAACUACACCAACUCCCCCCAAGACGACAAUACCACCUACCUCUCCAAAAGCCAUGCUCCAAACCACCACCAGCCCUAAGCAAACUCCAGACUCAGAAACAGUUGAAGUUAAUCCAAAUAAUGAAGAUGCAGAAAGUGACGGAGGAGAAAAACCACACAUGAUUCCCAGGCCUCCUGUGCUAACUCCUAUAGUUAUCCCAGGCACUGAUCACAUAGUGAGAGGACCCAGUCAAGGCAUCAGCUCCCACUCACUGCUUUUAGAUGAUACCAAUUUAUGCAAUGGCAGACCAGUAGAUGGACUGACUGCUUUGCGCAAUGGGACAUUAGUUGCAUUUCGAGGUCAUUAUUUCUGGAUGCUAAAUCCAUUCACUCCACCACCUCCACCCCGCAGAAUUACUGAAGUUUGGGGUAUUCCUUCACCCAUUGAUACUGUUUUUACUAGAUGCAACUGUGAAGGAAAAACGUUCUUCUUUAAGGAUUCUCAGUACUGGCGUUUCACCAAUGAUGUGCAAGAUGCAGGAUAUCCUAAACAAAUUGUAAAAGGAUUUGGAGGACUAACUGGAAAAAUUGUGGCAGCUCUUUCAGUAGCUAAAUAUAAGGACAGGCCCGAAUCUGUGUAUUUUUUCAAGAGAGGUGGCAAUGUUCAGCAGUAUGUUUAUAAACAGGAACCUGUUAGAAAGUGCACUGGAAGAAGGCCUGCUAUAAAUUAUUCAGUGUAUGGAGAUGCAGCACAGGUCAGGAGACGUCGCUUUGAACGGGCUAUAGGACCUCAAACUCACACCAUCAGAAUUCACUAUACACCUGUUAGAGUUUCUUAUCAAGACAAAGGUACCCUCCAUAAUGAAGUUAAAAUGAGUACGAUGUGGAGAGGACUUCCAAAUGUGGUUACCUCAGCUAUAACACUGCCCAACAUUAGACGACCUGAUGGAUAUGACUACUAUGCCUUUUCCAAGGAUCAAUACUAUAACGUCAAUGUGCCCAGUAGAACAGCAAGAGCAGUCACUACUCGUGAUGGGAAGACCCUCUCCAAAGUCUGGUACAAAUGUCCUUAGACUUACAGGCAAAGGAAGAGCCAUCUAAUUAAAAUGAAGAAAAGGAUGAUCAAUUUUGACAUUGAAAUACAUUUUAUUAAUAAAGAGUGUUGAGAUAAGCAUACCAAU